GACGUAAUGUGAAAUGUGUGAACGGUUGAGAGUAUGCUUACAAAUAUAUAUAUUAAAUACUCUUUAUUACGUGCGUAUUCCAAAAUGGGCUAGUAUGGCUAGACACGUGCGAUGCGUUUGAGGUGGAUGAAUGUAUACAUUAUGAAUUUGAAAGAUUUCGAAAUUAUAUUAGAACGGAUGUUCAGUAAUAAUUUUCGAUACGAUAUUAUGUGCUUUCAUUGAUAUUUGUACGUCUUGUUAAGAGAUAUUUUAUUAUAAAAUUAAUAUUUACUGUGCUUGUAUGAGGUUAUGUACAAUGUACUGUGCAGAAAAAUUGUAAUAAUAAAACCACUGAUAAUAAUCACUGUAUUAAAAGUAUACGUAUUGGUAGUAAUAUAAGGUUCUUUAUUUAUAUGAAGAAUAAAUUUGAUAAGACAGUUGGUAUUUGGGAAGUAAUUAACAAUGUCAUCAGAUAAGUCAGGCAGUUCAAGUAAUACGCUUUCAACAAAUGUUCAAAUAAAAACAGAAUCAGGAACAUCGAUGCCUGUAACCUUAAGAAAUAUUAAAACAGAACCUGGUUUAUCAAGUAGCACAUCUAGGCUAACUUCUUUUCGUUUGCCAAGAGAUUUAACAUUAGGGGGCAACAUAAAGACUGAGAAACCCAAGAAAAUAUACACACCAAACUUAAAUGCUCAGAGAAACAAGAAAAAGGAAGAUGCAACCCCAAAUGAUCCUGGAAAAUCAGCUAGAGGUAGAGAACACAGAGGACGUGGCAGGGGUAAUGACAGGGGUAGAGGAUCUGAUAGGGGACGUGGUAGAGGUUCCAGUAAUCUAAUACAGUCUAGUGGUAUCUGGUCUACCGGAAUAACAAGUGAAACAUUGAAACGCCAUAGUGGUGGUGGUGGGUCAAGGGAUAGUGAUAGAACUCCACAGUCAAGUUUAGAGAAACCAAAAUUAGAUCUGAAUCGCAAGAUUGACAAAGCUGAUGAAGAAGAAAAGGUUAAAUUAUUAUUGAGAGAUGAUUUUAUAGAUGAUGAUGAACCCAUAAAUCUUGAAAAUGCUCCUGUUGUAUUGCCAAUGUUUAAAGAAGCGAAAGUGUGUAAAGAAGAAACUAAGGUUAAAGUUCCAAAAAAAGAAGAAGAAGUAGAUACAAAGCCAAUAAUUUUGGAAAAUGGAGAAGUAUUAUCACCAAAAAAAGAAUCUAAAAUAAAGAUUCCAAAAUCUAGCACAGAAACAAAAGAAGAAUUUUCAGAAAGCAUUCCUCAAAUCAUUGAAAACAAAACAAAUUCUUAUAUUUUAAUACAGUUUCCAGAUUGCUUACCAGGUUUAGUGGGUAGCGCAGAUGAUAACGUUAGACCAAAUCGUUCAAAUACCACGAGUUCCGAAAAAGAAAAUGAAAAUAAAUCCCAAACAGAAUUUUGUACUUUAAAUAGUUUAAAUCCUGGUAUUCUAGGCAAACUUCAAAUUUUAAAAUCUGGCAAAGCACGCUUACUGUUAGGUGAAAAUAACUUAAUCGUGGAUCUUGGAUCGAAUCUUAGUUUUCGACAAGAUCUCAUUGCGGCGAAAGUAGAUACCGAAAAAUUAAAUGGCGAGUUAAUUAACCUUGGACCAGUCAGUAGCACGCUAAUCUGUUCACCGGACUGGGAAUCUAUGCUAGCCAAAUUGUAAAUAUAUUUAUAUGUAUAGAUUUUGUUAAACUAAUGGAGUGUGAUGAUUUAUUUUAUGUAAAAUACAAACUGCUCUUUUUUUGGAAAAUCAUGUAUUUUAAAUACCACAAUAUACGUGAAACUUGCAUCACGUACAAAUUCAGAAGUCUAAAUAAAUUUACAGUGAUUUUAGAUUAAAUUUAAUUAUAUAAUUUAUGUGUAUGAAUUCCGUAACAAGAGGGUGUGACAAGUUUGUACGAGGCAUGCGAUGUUACUCGUCAAAACGCAAUUUAUUCUGUCGUCUUAAUGUAGGUAAAUCGAUGAAAAAUUAUUUUUAUACAAAUAAGAUUUACAAACUAAACUAACUUACCGCA